CAGUUUUUCUCGAUUGCUUAAACACUAUAACCAGGCCUCUAAACUAAAAUUUCAAAACCAUAAACGCUAUUGGUCAAAAAGCUCACCCAUUUCCCUGAACUAUAAACACUAUUCCCUGCUUUGACACAUGACUCAAAUUUGGUGAACUGGUACUGCAAAACUCUACACACAAAUCCCUACAUUUUACAGUGCUUACACCAUGUAGUCAUGUAGAAAGCACUAGCAUGCAAUAAUGUUAACGUAAGUCAGCAUAGCUUGAGCCCAAUUAGCACACAAUUAACCAGGUGGAAACACUAGGAGUCAAAAUUUAGCACACACCAAUCAGAACCUGCGAUGGAUAGAUAAAAGGGCCAAAGUCAGCUCAUUCAGGUUUGAAACAAUGGAUCCAAAGAGAUGCAAAGGAAGAGGACGUGGUGGAGAAAGAGGACGUGGUGAAGGAGGAGGACGUGGUGGAGAAAGAGGACGUGGUGAAGGAGGAGGACGUGGUGGAGAAAGAGGACAUGGUGAAAGAGGAGGACGUGGUGGAGAAAGAGGACGUGGUGAAAGAGGAGGACGUGGUGGAGAAAGAGGACGUGGUGAAGGAGGAGGACGUGGUGGAAGAGGAGGAGGAGGUGGAGAAAGAGGACGUGGUGAAGGAGGAGGACGUGGUGAAAGAGGAGGACGUGGUGGAGAAAGAGGACGUGGUGAAGGAGGAGGACGUGGUGGUGAAGGAGGUGGAGGUGGAGAACGACGGCGACAAGGAAGGGGAAGAGCAAGGGCACGAAGACAGUCAGUCUCGGAUGAAAUUCGAGCCACUUUAGUUGACCAUGUCCUUGUCCAUGGGAUGACUAUGAGGGAGGCUGGGCAACGAGUACAACCAAAUUUGAGUCGCUUCACUGUUGCCUCCAUCAUCAGAACCUUCAGGGAGGAAAACAGGACACAGAGACGACCACCUGGUGGAGGCAGGUUAAGGCUUUUGUCGGAGGAGCAAGAGAGGGAACUUGUAAACAUGGUAAUUGCAAAUAAUGUAAUCCGCCUGCAAGAGAUUCAAAGGAGAGUGAUUGAGGAUGAUCAUCUUUUUCGAGGCAUAAAUGCCAUCAGCCUCUCCACAAUUGACCGCAUCCUCCGAAAGAAUCAAU